AGCAUGUACGCGCGCGCGUCCAGGUUGUUAUGGCAGCGCGAGCGGUUACCCGGACUUGAAAUGUAAACAAACCGCGCUUCAAAACAUAAACAUCUGUUGCGCAGAGCAAGACAGACCUCCACUUGGAUUAACAGUCUUGUCAGGUCUUAUCUUUCCGACUCUCUUUGAAUUUGAUAAGAAAAGGAAAGGCACAGGAACAGACAUGGACGCCGAGACCGAUCUCAAGAGCGCAUCUCGCAGGCUCAACAGCAUGCUAAUCUCUAAAGGAUUACUCGACGGCAAAGACAAUCUCAAUUUCCACGGGGGCUCUGAUGCCAGGAGUAUCAUCAACUUUAUCUACUCUAUUGUUCAAAAGAGCGGUAAAGAUGCGGAGCAGAAAGAAAACCUUGUGAAUACGCUGCGAGAACAGAAGGCUACGGAGACUAGGACGAAGAAAGCAAUGGAAGCUUUGGAGGCUCAGGUGGAUACUCUGGAACGGCAACUGAACGUGAUUUCUGUUCAGAGAGAAUCGUUAAAGACGACGAUAAAAACACUCGAGAUUCAGAAUAAGGGGCUACACGAAGACCUUGCACGCCAGAAGACCUCGCUCCAGCAAAUUCGGGCGCAGGAUGCUGUCGAGCGGCGGAAGCGGGACCAGCAGAUUCUGCGGAUGAAGGAAAAAGCUGGCUUUGACGUGCGUCGGACAAAGACGAUGUCUGUUGCGACCGGCAAGUUCACGUCGUCGACCUGGUCAUCUGAAAGCACGUCGUCGGUCACGCAGUUUAGCGAGAAUCCCGAGUCGGUCUUGGUGUUUCGGGAGACGGCCGCGAACGUGAUUCCGGAUCUGAUGCAGGAGCUUACGGAUGAGAAUGCGCGUCUGAUUGCGCUUAUUCGCGAGACGGCGUUGAUGCUUAAUGUGUUUACGGGAGAGAAAGCGGUGAGCGAUGCGGAAUUUGAGAGCGUGCUUGAGUACAUCCCGACAACGUUUCCGGAACUGUCGAUUGAAGUCAAUAAUAGUCUAGAGCAGCUGCGCGAGCUUCUUCAUGAACCAAAGUAUGUGUCUUUAGAAGUGGUUGAUCAGAAGGAUCAGGAGAUAGAGAGGCUGAAGAAGCAGCUGGCAGAGAUGACGAAGAACUGGAGGGACGCAAUCCAGAUGAUGGACGAGUGGAAUCAGCUUAUGGAGAAGAAUAUGGGGUAUAGUCCGAUGAAGCGUCAAUUGGAAUCGGCUUCUGCUGCUGCUGCUGUUGGUUCCGAAGGUGAGGCGCAGACUGAGUCUACAGAAUUACCUGCUCCUGCUGUGAUCGAGUCAGACGCAAAGACAGAACCCGUCAAAGAAUAUCAGAAUGAAACCCUUCCUGCUCCUUCUACAGAUUUCGAUACCAAGAAAGCAGAUUCGCCAGUCAAAGCACGAAUUCCCCAAAAGCGAACUCUACCUGGCUUGUCGAACUCGCGUAUCCCGGCACUCUCUCAGAUCCCGUCCUUGAAAUCACGAGCAAAGAUUCCGUUGGCGAAGCCAGAACGGAAAACGUCUCCUCCAACCGCGGAGAAUGUCUAUGUCGCGGAGUCAGUUAUGACUCCUCCACCGCCGCAGCAGCCGUCGGAGCCUGUGUUGGCGGCGGCGGUUGCUACCCCGGUUGCGAUCGAGAAGGUUGAGCAGAUGGAGAGUGCAAGUCCUUCGGUUGAUAUGCAAAGCCCAUCUAAAGAUGCGGGCUUGCCUAAGGAAGUAUCUCCGACAAAAGAUCUGCCGGUGGAGGAUAGGACCCCUUCGAGGUAUCCCUGGAGUAUGUUGACUGAGAUUACAAAUCGGGCAGUCUCGCAGAGUCCUGCUGCUGUUGCUGUGAAGGAGUCUCUGCAAAGUCCCAAACCAAUGACCCCGGUCAAAAAGGCAGAGGGGGCUUAUUUUUCGUCACCAUUCAGGAGUCCUGUGUUGGAUACUGAGAUCUCGGGGGAGAAGUCGGCACAUCCCACGCCGAAAGCGACAGCUCUGAUGACGCCACGAGCUGUAGUCUCCGCAUCUACUUCGCCUGCCCGUCAUACGCCGUACGCGGGUUUCACACCCGCUCCAGCUAAUCACGACGAAGAUGAAGAGCUAGCGGCUGCGCUGCGGAUUGAAAGCCCGCCAAAGUCAACACCCCACCCGCUAUCCUCCAAGCGUCCUACGAUCAAGCCUGUGUCGACAUUAGGGCCGGCGCGACGAAGAACGCUGCCAAAGUCGAUUGCGCAGCUGUCGAGUAGUCCGAUGGGAUUUUCGCCAAUCAAGUUGAGCGAUGUGGAUCGCACGGUUGGACUUGGGAUCAGCAGCCGUCCUCCGACGACGCUAAAGCGAUCGCGCAACGACAUUGACGAUGGCGACGACGAAUUGGACCUUUUAUCGUUUUCUCCUGCGAAGUUGCCGGACGUGAAGAAGUUCAAGUGGGGAGAGUAGAUUGAUUUUCAUUUGUGGUAAUUGGUAGUUGGCUGGGAUGUUUGUUUUCAGAAGGAAGUUCCGCUUCCUUGUGUAAUUGCUGUAAUUUUAGGCUUAUGAUUCCCUUUUGUAUCUUUGUGUUUUGUUAUUGUAAUUCAGUAUUAUAUCUCGUUAGUAGUUUGCCGUAAAAGGUGUCAUAAAAUCCGCAAUAAAUCCAAGACGCGCAAGUC